CCCCCUCUCCAAUCGCUCUCUUUCUCUGGUCUUCUUAACCAGUUUCUGCGAACCAAAAACCUAUGCCAUACCCCACUCCCAUUUCCCACACUGCUAAUCCCAACCCAUCUCCUCUCCAUUAAAUUUUCUUCGUCCGAGUGCACUUCUCCAUCACUCGGUUCUUCUUCUUCCUGAAUAUUUCCAUGGGUCCAGGAUGCAAGUACCCUGGCCCUCACUCGGAGACACCACCCACACCACCACCCCCAGCUCCCUCCGCAGAAAACAACUUCCCCAUCCUAGUUAUCUCAAUCCUUGGCAUCCUCACGACAUCCAUCUUCCUCCUCAGCUACUAUGUCUUUGUGAUCAAGUGCUGCUUCAACUGGCGCCGCUCCGAUGUCAUCACCCGGCUCUCUGGCUCCCGGAGGCGCAGCGAGAACCCGUUCACGGCCUACUCGACGGCCACCCGCUGCCGUGGCCUCGAAGAAUCCGCCAUCCAAGCAAUACCCACGUUCCGAUACCGGAGAGGUGGUGGUGGUGGUGGUGGUGAUGAACAGGGGAAGAGGUCCUUCCAUGAGUGCGCUGUGUGCCUGAAUGAGUUCCAAGAAGAAGAGAGGAUUAGACUACUUCCCAACUGCCUCCAUGUUUUCCAUAUAGACUGCAUCGAUACUUGGCUUCAAGCCAAUGCCAAUUGUCCCCUCUGCAGGUCAGAAAUCACGACCACGACUCCACUUCCUGCCGACCAAUUGAGGGACCUGGCCUCCCACCAGAAUCUUCAACACAGUGGGGAUAUAGUGAUAGAAAUUAGUAAUGAUGGCAUAGAGGAGGUUACACCAGUUAGCAGUAGCACCAAUACUGAUCCUUCUCCCAGGAAAGCAGAGCAGAGGGGUGGGCAUAAGAAGGGAAGGAAGCUUCACCAUGUGAGCAGCAUGGGGGAUGAGUGCAUCGAUGCGAGGGGCAAAGAAGAGCGGUUCUCCAUCCAGCCUAUGAGGAGGUCCUUCUCUAUGGAUUCUUCCAGUGAUAGGCAGCUCUACAUGGCAGUGCAGAACAUCUUGCAGCAGAACCCACACUUCCAAGAGUCUGGCAGUGAGGAGAGCGGCGGCAGUUCAGGGAGGAUCCGGCGGACUUUCUUCUCGUUCGGUCAGUGCCGGAGCUCGAGGAGUUCUGUUCUUCCGAUUCAAAACGAGGUGUGAUCAAAGAGAAUUCUCCUGCUUCUUCUUCUUCUUCUUCUUCUUCCAAUGGGUUAUGGAAUAGAUUAUCAUAUGAACAUAGAGCUAGUGUAUAUUGGAAUCGAAUUUUGGAUGUAGAAUAUAAGUUUAGCUAUGUUUUUAUAUGGCUGCAUUGCCUGAAUCAUGAAAUAGGUUAAAAUUUUUAUUUC